GGCUGCGUGCACCCACCUGCAAGGUUUGUUCUCGCUGGGUGUCCUCCUCUUGCUGUCUUCUUGCACUGCUCUUACUCUCGGGUUCUUCUUGGUUUGUUCUCCAUUUACUGUUUUCGUUACGGAUUUCCAAAUUAUAGUCGACUAGCAGACAUGGGUCGUCGCAAGUCAAAGAGAAAGCCACCUCCAAAGAGGAAGAAUAUUGAACCACUGGAUACGCAAUUUAAUUGUCCAUUCUGUAAUCACGAAAAGUCAUGUGAAGUUAAAAUGAAUAAACCAAGGAAUGCUGGAAGAGUUUCAUGCCUUGUGUGUCUGGAAGACUUCCAGUGUACUAUUAACUACCUCUCGGAACCUGUUGAUGUUUACAAUGAAUGGAUUGAUGCUUGUGAAACUGCAAACUGAUCGAUUCAGUUCGUG